AUGGCCGAUAUCGACGUUGAAGCCGUGUUGAAAAAGCUCACUUUAGCCGAAAAGGUCGAGCUGCUGGCAGGCAUCGACUUCUGGCACACAAAGGCUCUCCCCAAGCAUGGCGUCCCGUCACUGCGCUUCACAGACGGCCCCAACGGUGUAAGAGGCACAAAGUUCUUCAACGGAGUCCCUGCAGCUUGCUUCCCAUGCGGCACUUCGCUCGGUUCCACAUUCAACCAGCCGCUGCUCGAAGAGGCAGGUAAGAUGAUGGGCAAAGAGGCCAUCGCCAAGAGUGCCCAUGUGAUCCUCGGCCCGACUAUCAACAUGCAACGCUCCCCUCUCGGUGGACGAGGAUUCGAGUCCAUUGGCGAAGAUCCCUUCCUCGCUGGCCUUGGUGCCGCGGCUCUCGUCCGUGGCAUCCAGAGCACCGGAGUCCAGGCCACCAUCAAGCACUUCCUGUGCAAUGAUCAGGAGGACAGGCGCAUGACGGUGCAGAGCAUCGUCACUGAGCGGGCGCUGCGGGAGAUUUACGCGCUGCCCUUCCAGAUUGCCGUCCGAGACGCCCAACCCGGUGCGUUUAUGACGGCGUACAAUGGCAUCAAUGGCGUGCCGUGCAGCGAGAACCCCAAGUAUCUCGACGAGAUGCUCCGGAAGGAAUGGGGCUGGAAGGGCCUUGUUAUGAGCGACUGGUACGGCACUUACAGCACCACCGCCGCCGUCGUAGCAGGACUCGACCUCGAGAUGCCCGGCCCCCCACGAUUCCGAGGAGACACACUGAAAUUCAACGUCUCCAACGGAAAGCCCUUUGUACACGUCAUCGAUCAGCGUGCCAGAGAAGUGCUCCAGUUCGUCAAGACGUGUGCUGCCUCCGGCGUCAAAGAGAAUGGCCCCGAGACAACCGUCAACAACACCCCCGAGACGGCGGCCCUGCUCCGAAAGAUUGGAAACGAGGGCAUCGUCCUCCUCAAGAACGAUAACAACGUCCUGCCCCUGAAAAAGGACAAGAAGACGCUGAUCCUCGGCCCCAACGCCAAGCAGGCGACAUACCACGGCGGAGGCUCUGCCGCCCUCAAGGCCUACUACGCAGUCACCCCCUUUGACGGCCUCAGCAAGCAGCUCACGACGCCGCCCUCGUACACCGUCGGCGCCUACACCCACCGCUUCCUCCCCGUGCUGGGCGAGCAGUGCUCAACGCCCGGCGACGGAGCUCAGGGCAUGCGCUGGAGAGUUUUCAACCAGCCCCCCGGAACCCCUGGCCGCCAACACAUCGACGAGCUCUUCUUCACCAAGACGGACAUGCACCUGGUGGACUACUACAACCCCAACGCCGCGGACACGUGGUACGCCGACAUGGAGGGCACUUACACCGCGGACGAGGACUGCACCUACGAGAUCGGCCUCGUCGUGUGCGGCACCGCAAAGGCCUACGUCGACGACAAGCUCGUCGUCGACAACGCUACGCACCAGGUCGCCGGCGACGCCUUCUUCGGCUCGGCCACGCGCGAGGAGACGGGCCGCGUCAACCUCGUCAAGGGCAAGACGUACAAGUUCAAGGUCGAGUUCGGCUCUGCGCCAACAUACACCCUCAAGGGCGACACCAUCGUGCCGGGCCACGGAUCCCUCCGCGUCGGCGGCUGCAAGGUCAUUGACGACCAGGCCGAGAUCAAGAAAUCCGUAGCUCUCGCCAAGGAGCACGACCAAGUCGUCAUCUGCGCCGGCCUCAACGCCGACUGGGAGACGGAGGGCGCCGACCGCGCCAGCAUGAAGCUCCCCGGCGUGCUGGACCAGCUCAUCGCCGAGGUCGCCGCCGCCAACCCCAACACCAUCGUCGUCAUGCAGACGGGCACCCCCGAGGAGAUGCCCUGGCUCGAUGCUACUCCUGCCGUCCUCCAGGCCUGGUACGGCGGCAACGAGACGGGCAACUCCAUCGCCGACGUCGUCUUUGGCGACUACAACCCCUCGGGCAAGCUGCCGCUUAGCUUCCCUAAGCGCCUGCAGGACAACCCGGCCUUCCUCAACUACCGCACCGAGGCAGGGCGCACGCUCUACGGCGAGGACGUCUACGUGGGAUACCGCUACUACGAGUUCGCCGACAAGGACGUCAACUUUCCCUUUGGCCACGGCCUGUCCUACACUACUUUUGCCUUUUCCAAGCUGGCCGUCUCUCAUGCCGAUGGUAAGCUCAGCGUCUCACUCGCUGUGACAAACACAGGUUCCCUCCCCGGUGCGCAGGUCGCCCAGCUGUACGUCCGCCCCCUGCAGCCCGCAAAGAUCAACCGUCCCGUCAAGGAGCUCAAGGGCUUCGCAAAAGUCGACCUCCAGCCCGGCGAGACCAAGACGGUGACGAUUGCCGAGCAGGAAAAGUACCUGGCCUCGUACUACGACGAAGAACGCAGCGAGUGGUGUGUCGAAAAGGGCGAUUACGAAAUCAUUGUGAGUGACAGCAGUGCCGUGACGGAGGGGGCUGCUCUCAAGGGGAAGUUUACAGUGGAGGAGUCGUACUGGUGGUCUGGUCUAUAA